GAUAUACCCAAAACUACUCCCCAGUACUAUAUCCAAACUCCCAUCGUCGAACACCCAAAUUCCCCUCGUCGAUACACCAAAAAUCCCCUCUCUAAUCUCUUUUCUUUUUGCAUCUUUGUCGAAUGUAAGAUUAAUGGCUGAGUUUCAUCAAAUACCUCUUCAUUAGACCUCCAUAAUCAUCAAACCCUAGAGUUCCCAAGACCAAAAUCGUGAGGACAAUCGGGGUCUUUCCGGAAAAUCUGAAAGACACUUCCGUCGAUUUUUCGGCACUUCUUCAAGGACAGUUGCUUCUCCGGCACUCCUUCCCCAAAUCCCCAAAUUCUAAAAUCAAAUUUGUGCUCGAAUUAGAGAAGCCCAAAUCACCAUAGCCUGGAUAUCUAUGGAUAAUGGUGAUAAAAGUUACAUGAAUCUCCUGAGAUGGACGGAUGAGUAUAUCCGUGGAGUGAAUGAUUUUCUUGAUAAGGCAUUUGAACGAGCCGCCCAAGGAAAUGAAAUAUUAUGCACCUUGCAAAAAGUGCAUGAAUCGCUAUUGGUAUUAUAGAAAUGUGGUGGAGGAUCAUUUGGUUGUUCAUGGAUUUGUUUAUGGUUAUACCAAAUGGGUUUUCCACGGGGAAGGCUUUUCCUCGAGAAAUACACCUCAUCCAAGCAAUGAUGAUGAAGGUUCUACUAUGCGGGACGAUAUUGAUGGACUACUUCAUGAUACAUUUAGAAAUAUAGAGGGUCAGGCAGGGGAUGAAGAAGGAGUUGGGGAAAGACUAUCUGAAGAUGCAAAGAAGUUUUUGAAAUUGCUGGAGGAAGGAAAACAAAAGUUAUAUUCGGGGUGUGAAAAUUUCAGUAAACUGAGUUUCACUAUUCGAUUGUACUUGCUUAAAUCCUUGUAUGGGUUGAGUAAUGUGGCUUUCUCCGAUUUGUUAGAGUUGAUAAAAGAGGCAUUUCCCUUUUAGUAGUGCUACAUUUUGAGGUAGAUAAAAGAGUUGAUAAAAGAGGAUUUGGGAUCUCCAAUGUCCUCUUCUAGUUUAGCUGUGCUACAUUUUGAGACAUCUUCAGUCCACAUGUUGUUGUUCUGAAAAAGACUCCAGCUUUCCUGUUGAUGCCCUCCGCUGCUGCUACAGAGAAUACCCAACAGCUCCUUCCUGUUGAAACUUGUGCAAAAUCUGAACAAUAUUUGAAUAGUCAUGAAUCAUGAAGGGUGCUCAAGCAAAAAUAAGAAAAACUCCAACCGCAUUCCAGCGGGAUCACUUGCAUCUUUGCGAAAUCAAAGGGUUUCGUCGUUGACAACAAAAAGAACCUUUCAAGCUACAAGGUCAAAUGAAAAUGAGGAACGCCAAUCAUAAGCUGGAUUACCUCCAUCUUUGCGAAACCAAAAGCUUUCAUUGUUGACAACAAAAAGAGUCUUGAAUAUAAGGUCAAAUGCAAAUGAAGAACGACAAUCAGAAUUAGGAUCUCAAUUGCAAGAACAAGUGCAACAAAUGACACGGAAUUCCACCUCUUCAGCAGCACAAAGAGUACAUGAACAAGUGCAACAAGCGAAUAUGGAUUCCAUUACUCCUGCAUCACAGGGAGUACAUGGACGAUCUGAUGGUUCUACCAAUCAUGAAGAAAUUGAACAAAUUGAGGAAUAAGGCCCCUCCUCGCCAAAAAGAAAAAGAGGUCGUACUCAAAUGCCAAGUGUUCAUGGUAGAAAGGAUCGUAAAAUAAUCACUCUAAAUGAGUAUAAUCAACCCGUUGGUCCUACUAAAGAAGUUGUACAAGAGUUGGAUAGCUUCCUCGGCACAUUGGCAAGGAGUGAGACUUUUUGUCCUCUUAAUGUAUUUAAUUGGAGGAAACUAGACACAAAAGAUGAUAUGUGGAAAUAUAUCAAGGAAAAAUAUGACAUUCCUGGCGAGGCGAAACAAUGGAUUUUUGAAUCAGUUUGUAGUGCUUGGAGAAAGUAUGAGAGUCAAUUGAAGACAAACCACUUCAAAGCCUAUGAGAAUGAAGAAUUUCGAAUGGAGAAUAGGCCAGUAGAUGUUCGAAUGGGACCUGAACAUCCAGUUCGUGUGAGAUUGUACGGAAGAGGGGUUACCAAGACUUUGUUAAAAGGGCAAAAAGGGAUUCUUGGAUCUUCUUUAGAUGCUGAUGAGAGGAUGCAGCAGAAAAUAGAGGAAAUAGAAGAGAGGAUGCAACAAAGAAUGCAUGAAAAGUUGAACGAACAAAAGGAUGCUAUGGAACAAAAUAUUACAAUGAACGUCAUCGCACGAUUUCAACGUCUGAACCCAGAUUUGCGACUUGAUCCUGAUAUGUUAAGGUUCAGUGCACGUUCACUUGUAGAUGCUUCCUCUGCACAACAAACUACUAUUCAACUAAACAGUCGACCAUAUGCUGGUAGUAACACUCAAGGUCACUACGUACCAAAUGUUAUACAUCUUCUUCUAUUUCUUCUUCUCCUCCUUCCUUGCUUGGGAUUUUGCUUUGGUUCAAGGAAGAGUGGAUAUGAUAAUAUCCUUUUUCUAUUUAGUAGGAGUAUAUUAUUUCUUAAGUGCCAAGUGGUCUCGUAUAUAUAGUAAUAAUACCCGAGUAAUACUGACAGUUCUAUGAUAGUAGAACUUUGAGAAUUUAAAUUGGAAUAGACAGAUAGGUUGAUGCUUAAGACAAAGUUAUGGAAUGACUUCUCUGUAGCAAUGCUGAAAGACAAAGUUCCCAUGAACUCCUAGGUCUUUGAUCUUCCUGAUGAGAUGUGCUACCUGUCAUGCUAUUGUUGUUGUUCCAUUAUCAUUUUAUAUUGUGUUCGAUUUUAACUUCUGAAAAAAUUAUAGUAGUAUGUAAGAGCUUAGCU